AUGGACCUGUCAUCGGAAUCUCAAACAGAGGCGGAACCCUCCAUGAUGCGUCGCUACCUACACCAUGUGGUGUGGGUUAGGUACGCCUGGAGUCACGGCGCAGACGCAGCUGUUGAGCAGGCCUUUCGAACAUUCGUAUAUCCGACCUUCAUUGAGAGGUUCGAUUACCAGAGAAAAGAUGACAAAACCUAUGAGAAUGUCCAGAGAAAUUUGGAAACGAUAAUGCAGAUGGUUGUUGAGGCCUUUAGGCCUCUCAACCCGUUUCGAUUUGACCAGCCGGGGCUAGGGUUGAUUUUCGUUGCUUGGCUCACCAAGAGCAAGCAGAUCAUCUACCGCUACCUCCCCAAUCUUUCGGGAGAGAAUUUGAACAAGGCGUGGGCGGAAAUGACCGUCUGGUUUUUGAUUAUCUGCUCCAAAGGUGGAAGCCAUGUCGAACCGUUCAAGGUGUCAGCUCGGGAGGUGAAGUUUCACAAACAAAUCCGCAAGAUGAAAGCUCACCUCGGAGUUUAUGGUCGGCCCUAA